AUGGCGGUGGAUGGUCGUCGAUCUUCUUUGGCUUUGACGGAUGGCAAGAUUGUUAAUGUGGAUUCUUUGGAUCAAGAUUUGGGUGGGAUUAUUCAUAAGAAGUCCAGAGAAUUUGGUUUUAAACAUCCAAAUGGGCCUUUGUUGAUUAAGGAGAAUUUUAUGGUUUUGUCCAAGAAAGGUUUUUUCAUCGAAGGCCAUGGAACAAAUACGAAUGCCUGUAAUUCUGUUAACAAAGGCAUUCAAUUCUUAUCAAGGCCUAAUUCUGUUGGUACAAAUUUGGUGGAUAUGGUUAGUGAUGGAAUGCCUAUUAAGAAAUUGGCUGGGGUGGAUGAAAAUCCGUGGAAGAGAAAGCCUUACAUCAUGUUGGAUUUCAAGGAGGAUGAUAUGGUCUUCUCGGAAGACGGUAAGUCUAUGAAAUUGAUAGAAGAAAUGGAGGUUUCAAAUUCUCAUAAGCUCAGGAAUUCUCUAGUGAUUAAAGUUUUUGGAAAGGAGGUUCCAACUCAUGUAGUUGCUUGGGAAAUUAGGAGACAGUGGAAACUUUUUGGAAAUUUCCACUUUACAACUUUGGGGAAGGGAUGGUUUUUGUGUUCCUUUGAGUCAAAUGAGAUGAUGGAUGGUGUUUUAUUGGGAGGGCCUUGGUUUGUCAACGGCUACAUUGUGGGGAUGGAGAAGUGGUCAUUACAAUUUUCCACUCUUUCUUUGAAAGGUUUAACCUCACCAAUUUGGAUCAGAAUGCCUCACUUACCCUUGCAUUGUUGGGAUGAAGUGAAUGUGGCUCGUAUUGCUUCAUCUAUUGGGAAACCUUUGACGAUGGAUGGAGUAUGGGUUGAAAGCAUCUAUGGGAAAUUGUUUCAAAGAUUUGGGUAUGAGAAAGUUUCGACUCUUUGUUAUGGAUGUGGAAUGGUGGGGCAUCUUAAAGAUGAUUGCAAAAUAAAGGUUGUUGGAAACUCUGGCAGGGGGAUGAAUGAAGGUGAGUUAAGGGAAGCUAAGGAGAUGGAAAAGGUUCAUGAAUAG